AUUUUGACCUUUCUCCUCCUCCUCCUCUAUCCAAAACGAAAUAUCAACGACGAGAAUUCUCUUGCAGGCGAUAUCUUUCCCUGAAGGUCCCGGAAAAAUGUGCGAGCCUGAUGAAGACUGCACCAGAAAUGGCGCCAUUCCUCCGCCGACGAGGCUUCGGGAGCUGCUGAUGGAUUUGGAUGAUCUGGAUCUCGACGGCUCCUGGCGGUUGGAUCAGAUCCCCUACCUCUCCUCGUCGAACCACUUCUUUUCUCCUCUCGUCGUCUCCUCUUCCUCCGAGCUGCCUUGUUCGCCUCUAUGGGCGUUCUCCGACGGCGGAGGAACCGCCGCCGUUCCCGACGAGAAGCUCAGCCCCGCCUCCGGUGUUCCUCCUUUCCGUCUCGCCGAUUAUCCUAUCUUUCUUCCUUGUGCUGCUUCGUCCAUGGCUGAGAAUACAGCAGAAAACGGUAACAGCGUCCCGUUUCCUUCUCCAUUAAUGGGUCUGGUCCCUCCAGAGAACACAGACAACUACUGUGUCAUCAAAGAGAGGAUGACCCAGGCGCUUCGCUACUUCAAAGAAUCAACGGAGCAGCACGUCCUGGCUCAGGUCUGGGCUCCCGUGAUAAAGAACGGUCGUGAACUUCUGACGACUUUGGGUCAACCCUUUGUUCUUAAUCCUAACGGUAAUGGGCUUAACCAAUACAGGAUGAUCUCUCUCACAUAUAUGUUUUCUGUGGAUAGUGAAAGCGACAUAGAGCUUGGACUCCCUGGUCGCGUUUAUCGCCAGAAAUUGCCCGAAUGGACCCCAAAUGUUCAGUACUAUUCCAGCAGAGAAUUCUCGCGUCUUGAUCAUGCCUUGCACUAUAACGUGCGCGGUACCCUGGCCUUGCCCGUCUUUAAUCCCUCUGGUCAAUCCUGCAUUGGUGUUGUGGAGCUUAUCAUGACCUCCGAGAAGAUACACUAUGCCCCUGAAGUGGACAGAGUUUGCAAAGCCCUCGAGGCGGUGAAUCUGAAAAGCUCUGAAAUACUUGACCACCAAACCACUCAGAUAUGUAACGAGGGCCGUCAAAACGCACUGGCUGAGAUUCUGGAGAUACUGACAGUUGUAUGCGAGACCUACAAGCUUCCUCUGGCUCAAACCUGGGUUCCAUGCCAGCACCGGAGUGUUCUUGCCAACGGUGGCGGUCUAAAGAAAUCAUGCACCAGCUUCGACGGCAGCUGCAUGGGCCAAGUCUGCAUGUCCACAACUGACGUGGCCUGCUACGUUGUGGAUGCUCACGUCUGGGGAUUCAGAGACGCCUGCCUUGAACACCACCUCCAGAAAGGCCAGGGUGUUGCAGGACGUGCCUUCCUGAACCGUAGCUCGUGUUUUUGCCGAGAUGUCACCAAGUUCUGCAAGACCCAGUACCCACUGGUCCACUAUGCGCUCAUGUUCAAGUUAACCAGUUGUUUUGCCAUUUGUCUGCAGAGCUCUCACACGGGCGAUGACGAUUACAUUCUCGAGUUCUUCCUUCCUCCAUCCAUUACAGACGAAACCAAGCAAGAUUCCCUUUUGGGUUCUCUGUUGGCGACUAUGAAACUGUAUUUUCAAAACCUGAGGGUUGCUUCUGGGAUUUCUUUCGGUGAAGAAGCUGAUGAAGUGUCUGUUGAAUUCAUCAAAGCGUUACCAGAUAAGAAGAUCAAUUCGAGAAUUGAACGUAUUCGAGUAUCCUCUGGUUUUGCAUCAAAUGUCGGGGAGAUGCGGUUGAAUCCUCAGCCGGUGGUUCCUUCUUCCGAGCCAGCGAAAGAGAUGGGUAACAUGGCCGGUGAUAAUGGCAAGAAAAAACCAGAGAGAAAACGUGGGAAAACAGAAAAAACAAUCAGUCUAGAUGUUCUUCAGCAGUAUUUCACUGGUAGUCUCAAAGACGCUGCCAAGAGCCUCGGAGUUUGCCCGACGACAAUGAAGCGAAUCUGCAGGCAACAUGGAAUCUCACGGUGGCCAUCUCGGAAGAUCAAGAAGGUGAAUCGUUCGAUCACGAAGUUGAAACGCGUCAUCGAAUCUGUUCAAGGCACGGAUGGAUCCCUCGACCUUACUUCCAUGGCCGUCGGUUCCAUACCUUGGACAAAUGGCCAGACCACGGCCCAGCCGCUCAACUCACACAGCGGUGACGACAAAGAGCCUGAGCUAUCAAAGAACAACGGCUCGAUUGGUCACAGUCCUCACGAGCCACACGGUUCCCCGGAAUUACCUAUCAACGGCUGCAAACGGUCACGGACCAGGGAUGAGAGCGUCGGGACCCCGACCUCUCACGGAUCUUGCGGAUGUAGCCCCCGUGAUGACACGAAAUCCCUGAAUCAAGAACCAAUUUUCACCGUCGGUUCAUCACCCGGGCUACCAUUUCAACAGUGUUUGAGAGAUCUCGAUGUAUCUGCAGCAUCUUUUUCUAUGCCUUUCCGGGGAAUUCCGAUCGAAGAUGCCGGAAGUUUCAAAGAUCUGAGAAACCUCUGCCCUUCUGCAGCGGCGGAGGAGAAGCUUCAAGAAUCAAACUGGCUAAACAAUGGCAACAUCAUCUGCCAUCCUCCGAAAGAAGAGGGAAUGGGAAUCGCUCGUGUACCGUCACGAUCAGAUAUGAGAAGUGUAACCAUCAAAGCAAUUUACAAAGAAGACAUCAUACGGUUCAGAAUAUCGUCGAGCUCGGGAUUAAUGGAGCUGAAGGAGGAAGUCACGAAAAGGCUGAAACAGGACGCGGGUACGUUCGAUAUAAAGUACCUAGACGAUGAUAACGAAUGGGUUUUGAUCGCUUGCGACGCUGAUCUUCAAGAAUGUCUCGAUGUCUCGAGAUCCUCCGGUAGCAAUAACGUACGGCUCCUGGUUCACGACGUGACGAUGAAUCUCGGCAGCUCCUGUGAGAGCACCGGAGAAUUGUGACCAGAACUGGUUAUGUCUCUUGUAGAUAUCUAUCUGUUGAAAGAAUAUGUAGGGGUUUUUUUUUGUUUUCUUGGGGCUGAAGAAAAGAUUUGGAAGCUCCUUAGGUUUAGGGUUUUUCAACAGGUUAUAAAUCUUUUGUUUUGUAUGUGAGAGAAUGAUACAAAUAACUACCAACUGUAAACUACCCCCCCCCCUCCCUAACUUUUGUUCUUUCACUGUCCCCUUCUUCCCUCUGUGCUCUUUGUAAGGGGGGGGAGCUGGAUUUUGUCUUUAUGGUUAGUGUUGUUUGUGAUUUGUAUUUUUUGGUAACAUGCUGUAAUCUUAGCAAUUAUAGUUAGUUAGUAAAGUCUUGCCUAUA